AUGCCAGAAGGUGAUGACGAAGAGGGGAUGAAAAUCCAACAGCUACUGGAGCGAAACAGAAUGCUUGAAAAUUUCUUAAUUUCAUCUAAGAGCAGGGAAAAUCAGCAAGCGCGGGAAAUUGAGCGGCUGCGCCAACAGAAUUUGGAGCUGUCAGAACAAGUGAAGAGGCCUCAGGGUAUUUCCGCCACCGACUCUUCAACAUCAUCUUAUCUUCGAUUGCUCGUAGUGGCAUCCAUUGUAGCUGUUCUGGCACUGUACAUAAUUUGCUAUGCGCAGUUGCUGAAUGAGCGUCGGAACAGCGAGAGUCUGAAGGAAAUACUGGAGCGAAUGGGUGAUAUCGUUGAGAAACUGGAAGUAAAACAUAAAGCAGAGAUCGGGGUUGUGCCCUAUAUUUCUGGAGCGUACACGUCUUGUGAAGGGCAUUUGGUGAAGCGGCUUGAAUAUUGA